AUGAAAACAAUGCGCAGCAAGAUCCUCGCCUACAUCAUCCUCCCACUCGGCGCAACAGUCUACGGUACCCACCUUGGCCUAAAUCACCUGGAAAAGAAAUAUCCAAACCGUCCCCUAACAACAGGGAGCAAAUUGCUGCAAACGCCAAACAAUACCCAAACUCAGCAUUGCCCAUAUACAGAUAUCUACUCUGCACGUAUCCCGCUACAAGCACUGGUGGCACGGCGCAACACCAACAGCAAAUCCCCCGACAAGAAUGCGCUUGAAGAUGCAUGGGCCCACUCAUUACUCGGAUCUCCACUCCUCAAAACAGAAGCAAGUAUCUUCGGUCUUCUCUCUCGCGGAACAUAUGAACCAGGAGAUCUCGGCAACACCGAAGCAGGAUUCAAGCCCGAUGCCACGGGUAAACCACGAAAGCUAAUGAAUGGCAUCAUGGAAGUUCAACGCCAGAGUGGCGUCGAUGAUGAUUCUAAUGGGCUGCUUAUUUCGUGGAAGAUGGCUGAUGAGCCGCGACUUUUCUUUGAGAGAAUUGCAAAGUGGGGAUAUCCUUGGCGUCUUAUGUCAGGUGGACGACAUGAGAUGAGCGUUUCGGAGCCGUUUGAGAUUGAGGGGAGGAGGUUUGUGGAGGUCAGAUUCGCUUCGGCGCAUGACUAUGAGGUUGUUCAGGCGGAGGGUUUGGAGCAGAAGAUUUUGCCUGAGUGGACGAAUCGGUUGCAUCGGGGGUUUGCGAGGCUUGUGCUUGAUUUUGCGGUCAGGGAGUUGGAGAAGAGUUGCGAUUGA